GGCCAUUCGCGAUGUGUCAUUUCAGCGAGGGGAGGGGGUUGAGUAGCUCUGCCAGCUCGCGCGCCCCAGCUCUCUCGUUUCACCAACCAAACAGAGGAUGCGCGAGGACGAGUGUUAGCCUCGAUUGUUGCGCGGUUUCGUGCAAAAAAGCGCUCUCAUUUCAACAGUUAAGUCGAGCAGAACACGACUCUUUCAGAUUUAGGAUGGAACUCGCCUUUUCAGGAGGAAAUAUGCAAUUUAUUUGGCCGACUUUGGCGCUGUUCGCUAUCGUCCUCUGCGCAACGCCGGUGGGCGGGAACGAGGAUUGUCUGUGGUAUGUGGACAAAAACGGCACCUGGCACAACGGCUUCGACUGCCCUCUCAUCACCUUCUGCUGUGGCAACUGUCAGCGGCGCUACUGCUGCCUGGACGCCUCCAAAAUGAUCACAGAAAGGGUGCAGAAACGCUGCAUGCUCUUUCAGUUCAGCCCCACCACUUUGGCCGGCAUUGCGUCCUCCGUCCUCCUCUUCGUGGCCGUCAUUGCGGCGAUGGUCUGCUGCUUCAUGUGUUCCUGCUGUUACCUCUACCAGAGGAGGCAGCAGAGGGGCAGGACGCCCUAUGAUGCACAGCAGAUCCCCAUGGCCAGCUAUCCCGUGGAGCACAUGUAUGACGCUUAUGGAAAGCCGCUGGGACCGUCGGAGUAUCCACACCUGGGUUAUCCCAUGGCACCGCAGUAUCCGGGAAUGCCCCCACAGUACCCUGUGAUGCAACCAGGGCUAUACCCGCCCCAACCGCUGGACCCCUCCUACAGUCAGGCUCCACCCCCUUACUCUCCACCUCAGUAUCCCGGCCACUGAUGGGCUCCUCUCAAGACGGACGGCGUUGGAGAAACGGCUCGUCUGAAGCAAAAGACUGUUCCAAAAAAAAAAAAAAGGAAUUCAGACGGCAGCCACGCUCCUCCACGCAGUCUAACACUCUAAUAAAAGCUACAGCUCGACUAGCAAAGGUUUUCCUGCAGAGGAGAACAGAAAGCACUUUAAGGUUUGUUCUGUUGUUCUGUUUCGUUUUCUUGAUGUUUUCCAGCUUUGUCCUACUUUCCCUCGUGAUCGCUGUAGAUCAGAUUCUCUCCUGCCGCUCUGACGUGUUUGGCAGCAGGCGCUACAUCAUCUUUUAAGGAGGAUUUACAUCUUGAUCAUUCUACUUUUGACUCGCUCAUCUCAGUGACAGGCUGCCAUGUAAAAAGACAACCGGUCAAUAUAUAUAUAUUUGAAGUAAAGAACAUUUCUUCUGGACUCCUAUUCAAUUUGAAGUCAUUUUUAAGAACUAGUGGCAACAUUCCAGGUCAUUUCGGAUCCAUAUUUAGGGGUUUUUCUAUUGCUAACCCAUUAAGUUGAGACAUUUCUCUGAGCUUAAAAGACAGACGAUCAACAUGAGGACAUUUCCGCCUGCACUCCGCUCUACUUUUUUAAAGCAUUUCUCAUCAGCUUUAUAGAGUAUAGCACAUAUUUAGAGAGUAUAGAAACAAAUAAUUCAAUUUCAACUGAAUCCCUUUUGAUCUAAAUAACUGCAUGAUUUUUUUUUGAGGCUUUGUAUAACCACAAUCCUUCAAAAUAAAAGCAUACACCUGCAGAAAACUUAAAGAUCUGAUUAAAGCAAAAAAAACAAAUAAAAGUAGAACAAUAAAGGUCAUAAUUCAAAUAUAAAUGGAAUAGACGGAAGCAACAGUUCAAUAAUAAUUAGGAGGGUGUUUUUAAGGCAGAAUAAACUAUUUCUGUUACCCUUAAAAAACACAAACUUAACACUGAUGGGUAGUAACCUGACAGAAUUGACCAAAAGUGUUUUUCUCACCUCCCUGUAUAACAAAUUUACCUUAUAUGACCAUUUAUGGUUACGUAAUUCACAUUUUCAGACCAAAUUAAAGCCAUUUUUUGAUUUUUUUUUUCCCCAGUAUUUUGAAGUUGUUUAGGUGAAAAGCUGUAAUCACUCAUUGAACUCGUGCUGGCUCCCUUUUCACCUUCAGCCUCCUCCUGCCGGUCUCCUGUUGUCUUCUGCUCCUUCUCACAUUCUUUAGGAACUAGUCUCAACACUACAAUCCAACUUUCAUGUUGGCCGUGCGCCGCUUUAGGCUCGUCUCUUGUCGCUCACCGAGGUCAAAGGAGAAGUUGUAGGACUUUCUGAAUAAUGAAAAGAAAACGUCUCUUCUUACAAUAACUAUUUAAGAAAAAAAUAGAUGAACUUUUGAAUUUUUUGUAAAUCCUUUCUUCCGUUGAUGAUGCUGUAACAAUGUGUAUUGUUCUGUAACAUGUUUUGACGUCCUCCUACUGAGUAUUUAUUUAUUCUUACUGUGAAGGAUUUCUCUCCGUAUCGACUAAGCUACAAAUCCUAAAUUCAGCACAGUUGGAGACUUCCCAGGAUUCUUUGACGUUUCUCAGAAAUCCAUUCCCGUUGCUUUCCACUGACUGCUCAUCUCAGUGUUUGUUUGAAGAAUCGCUGAGAUGGAUUCAGUUUUAGAUACAAAUGCAAUACAAACAUAGUUGUUGACAAAUCAUCGAAGGCACAAUGGUUCAAAGGUAACAUGUACCCGACAAUUACAUGGACGUGAAGCAGAUGGGUGAGAUUUAAGUGCAGACGUUUACUAUUUUAACUCCAGGAACUUUGAAUCCCUUCAAUUUUUUUCUUUCCCAAUUUUAGAAUUCUGAAAAGAAGCCACUAGAACCUCUAACAUGGGAAAUAAUUGACUAUAAAUGUGUCUUAAUCCUUCAUUAAUCAAAGGAAAUUGUCUCAUGAAAAAAAGCCAGUUUUGGUCUUUGUGCAGGACAGAGACCAAGUUCUGCUGUCUUUAUACCAACAAGUUAAUGGAAAGCUAAAUCCAGCUCCCUAUGCAAACACUUUGACACUUUUCUUUGCUGUUUAGAACCCCCCCCCUCCCCCCCCCAAAAUGCAAUAGUGAAGCGGAGCAUUUGAAAAAAUAGUACGUUUUUCUCUAUUACCGUCAUUUAGCCCAUCAUCUUUGAUUUCCUAUAAAAGAAAGCCCCUAAAUGGAUUUCCUUCCAUCUCAAAGCUUUCUUUUAGCCGAAAACCUAAAUGAAAAUGCUUUUGUUUCCAAAUGUUCUGAGCCGUAACCUUAGGUUUAGUCAGGUUUCAAUGAUCCAUGUGAUCGGGGAGAGUGUUGGCUGAGAAACCUACCGCUGCAGUUUGUGUUCCAGCAAAACAUUGCAUGAGUUUGAUGAAACGUGAUGUUCUUAUCAGGUCAAACCCUGCACAGGAUGACUGUUUAGACACGGAUGCAGACUUUGUAACGCACAAGAAUAACACAAACAUACAAUAUGAAGUUUUCAGAUGUAGAUUUGCUCACCGACGUUUGCUUAAACCACCUUUAAAAGAUGGUUUAGGGAGAUCUAGAGGAACGUUUGUCUGCAUGUGGCUGUUGUCUGUUGUCAUAUGGAUGAUAUGACAUUUUAAUAUAUGCUGGGUGAAGGGGGUGUAAUAUUUGUAUUAACAUAAAGUCUAAUUUUUGGAUGUAAAAUA